UGCGUAACAAACCCCAGCGAACAGAUUUCCCAUUAACCUAAUCGAUUUCGCAAAAAAAGUGAUCGAACAUAUGUCUAUGAUUUUUACAAGUCCAAAGUGGCUUCUUCCUUUAAAAUCGCGGAAGUUACGUCGAAACCAAUUCGAGCAAUAAUCCUCGUACCCGAAGCGCGAGAAUCCUCCCUCUUCCGUCACCUCUGGAACAAUACCGCGCGAUCGGUUGGAUCAAGGAGUCGAAUGGCGAGCAAAAACCCGCCAGAAUCGAGAGCGCCAGUCUUGGCGCGCUCGGGGGUCGUACUUGGAGUUGUCUCCCCACCAGUUGGGAGGAAGAGCUUGCGCCAGUUGGGCUCGAGUCGCACGGAGAGACGCGCGUCGCGACGCUCUCGGUGCCAGGUGACCCUGCUCGCGGUGGCGCGCGACCACCCGCUGCCAGUUUCGUUCAACCGUUCCAAGAAGAGUCAUCUCUACCCCCGUCAUGGACUAUCGCUGGCUCGCGACGCGCUGCUAUCACGUUUGACAAUCGAUACGACGCUAACCCGUCGAGUGUCGAGCGUAGAUCGGUUCACUAAGUGCUAUUAGUGAUUGGAUUGGGGUGGAAAUUAAAAAAAGAAAAAGGAAAAAGAAAGGGGAAGGUUGCGUGGAUAGCGAAAGAAUUCUGUACUUUGAAAAUUGAAGGUUGAAGACACCUCGUGGGAUAUUUGGGGAUGUCCAAAGGACCAGAGUAUCCUUCGGAAGACACUGUUAAUCGCCAGGGAGCGACUUCUUUCAAGAUUCGAAGAUCUUCUAUUUAAAAUUAAGGGAAAAUUCUUGAUCUCGAUCGUCUCCAUCGGUCAGUGCUUCGAACUUGAGGACGUAGAAGGAACCUAGUGCUUCGUAUCUCAACCACGUGCUUCGUCUUCGAAGACGAGGUGCCCCUCGUCCUUCGACCCCGCGAGGACACCAUGGUGCCAUCGUGAAUCCGUCGCGUUUUACCCGAUAUCAAAAUUUGUGAUAUGACUCGAUCCCUCGUGGCCAGGAUUUUACCGCGAUGGUACGAUUCGUUUGGGAUCGGCUGGGAUAGAAUACAUUUCGAGUCGUUCGGCGAUAUUCUGACGAGGUCGCUCGGGUAACAACUUGGGGGAACUAUCGACUGUGGCUGUAUCGAGGCUCGAGGACGUCGUUAGAGGAUCUGUGCCCGCGGAGUGUGAAAACGGAGUUCGCGUGGUGAUAGAAAACAGUUAUCGAACCAGCGACGAUGAGAUCGGCUGGGUCGACGCGUGGCUAAGCAACGGUGAUUGUCUUUGGACGACGAUUGGUCUUAAUUAAUCUCUCCGCAAACUCUCGCGGCGCUGGUUUUCCUCUGGAACGACUUCGACGCGCGCUACGGUCGUAAUCGAAAAUGAUGAGGUGGCUGUGGAUUAUCGUCCUGAUAGCUCUGGCGCUGCCGGCGGCCGUGCCACGGAAGACGCAUCGCAGUAAACCCACGCCGAGGCUCUACGGCGAUAGGGUGCCCGUCAAGUUAAUCAGGACCAGCAACAGCAAGGUCAGGCAGAAGAUCGUCGAUACUCACAACCACUUUCGCACCCAGGUCAAACCUUCCGCCGCUAACAUGCUCGUAAUGAAGUGGCAUCCAGGUUUGGCUAAAUCGGCGCAGAGGUGGGCUAAUCAGUGUCUGGGAUUGGUCCACGACAAUGCAACUGGCCUAUACUUGGACGGUUUCGGCCAGAGCGGACAAAACAUUUUCAUAACAACGGGACGAACCCUUUGGAACUUCCCCAUCAGGAUGUGGUAUAUGGAGUACAAAGACUACAAGUACGGGGACGACGAGUCAAACGACCUGCACGAGAUCGGCCAUUACACCCAGAUAGCGUGGGCGACGACGCACCUGGUUGGUUGCGGGGUUAGCCACUGCACAGGCGGCAGGGGUCCGUUGGGCAAGGAUUUCUUCAUGUACGUGUGCAACUACGCCCCAAGCGGCAAUUACAAGGGUCACCUGGGCCAUCCCUACGUACCUGGGCAGCCUUGCAGCAUGUGCAAGGACCAUUGCACGCGCAAGAAGCUCUGCACGAACGCCUGUUACUACACCGAUCUCUGGUCGAACUGCGCCGAGCUGGUGAGGACGUUUCGGGCCUGGGUCUGCGAGACGAACACCAAGGAGGGUAGAGAACGACGGAAGUUCUGCGGCGCCACUUGCAACUGCAAGGACAAGAUCUAUUAUCAUCACGGGUAGUGAACGAUCCCCGACGUUGAGGGUCGUUUAGUUUCAUCGGCCGAUCGAUCGACGCGGGAUCCACUGCUCGCGAGUCGGCGUGACCGAGUCUGAGAGGUACGGAGAUCGUUUCCAAAGAUCGAGGCCAUGGCGGCCUCUGGGUACCCUACGAUCGCCGGCCAUCGUAUCCUGACUCGAUGACAAUGGGUGAGCCGUUCGCCAUGAGAGUGGUACUUGCCGAGGUUUUCUUUUUUAUUUUUUAAUGGAGAUUUCGCAGGGGUCGUUUCGAGAAUAUGUUUCGUUUUUAUUCGAGCAAAGAGUGGAGGGUGGAUAGGAUUUAUUGUACGAGUUCUUUUAUUUAUUGUAUUUAUUUAUGAAUUUAAAAAACAAAAUUGAGAUAAGGUUAGGGUUCCACAAAGUGCAUGAUGUUCUUCUUCGCAACGCACGUAUCUUUAUGUUGGCAUCGAUACGUUUAGCACACGUUUUCCUGGAUCAGUCAAUUAACGUUCGUAUUUCGGUGUAGACAGGUGUGGAAAAGUUUUUUAUACUUGAAAAGAGGGAUGGAUCCGCGUCACUCUCAUAACGAACGGCUCGCGUAGACCACGUAGAACCAUCGAUUAACAAAGGGAAAUACGUUCUCCACUGGACGGGCCCUUUACGUUGAAAUGAUCAUUCGGGCUCUGCUGGUGAAGUUGUGUCUUUCGUACGGUAUCUUUCAUUCUUCGUUUUUUGGUGGAGUUCACGUUCCGUUACGUGCCGUGUCAACCUUCCAUUGCACGAAUUUUAUUUUAGCUUUCCAACAGAGACCUGCUACUUCGAGUAAUCGCGAAUAAACUUGUAGGAAAGCAUCUGUCCUGAAGUUCACAAUUUAUUUUUCAUAUAAUGUAGUAGGAGGUCAACGAAUCCUGGUGUGACUCGUUUUCGUUCGAUUCGCAGGAUCUUCCUUUCAGUUCCCGAUUGAUAUGUAAUCUUAAGUUACCCGUAAUAAGAUUUUAAGUUACCUGUAAUAGCUGUAUUUGUUGUGUUCUUUGUCACGUGGAAAUUUCCCUUUGCUCGAUAAUCAUGUUCGACAACGUUGCCCCCGUAAAUUGACUCUAUUUUUCGCGAACACCCCCGUGACUCGCCUUUGUGUCGCUGUUAUCGACGGUGCGAGGGGGGGGGAAACGCUAAGGACACCUAAAGGCGAGCUACGAGAGGUGUGUGGCUUCAGAGAGAGAGCGAGGGAUGAAUCGAAGCCCCGCGUGGCCUGGAGAAUCGGGUGAAUCCUUUUGAUAUUUGUAGACGAUAAGGGUGUCUAUAUAUAGACGUGCAUGCGGUGUGUACAUAGCAUAAGUAAGCGGAAAUUCGUAGGUGGAACCUUGGUUGGGUGUUCUCGGUGCUGUAUUCAUCGUCGUUUCAUUCUGGACGAUCGCGAACCGCCAAUAAAAAUAUCAAUUUUGAAGAUUUGGAGAAAAUUUGAUACUUUGAUCCUAAAAACCGUUAAACACCACCGUACCAAUUAAAAAUAAUUCCUUUCGCGUUAUUAAAAAUAUUCCUAAAGGUUUAUUAUAUAUUCGAAUCUUUUUACUCGAUGUUGUUUUUAUAUUUCUCUCCAUAUUUCAUUAGCGAAAUCGUUACGAACUGAUUAUCCACCGUCGGUUGGAUUCUUAAUUUUAUAAAACCGUGUCUUUUAAAUGUCAGUCCACGGAAUUAGACCUUCCAUGCCGCUUUGAUAAAUAUUCACGGGAAUUUCUUUACCGAACGAAAUUUUAGUCUCUCGCAGUUGAAUUUAUUUACCUUCGUUCGCAUCAGGCAAUUCGGUUUUAUUCAAAAAGCUGUUUGAUGUUCCGUACGUAGAUAUUCUUUACAUUCGUGCACAACUAGCCUCCAACUUUGUCGAGUGUUUUCAACCAGAUUUUCAAAAGAUAUUUCUUGCUCGUCUCUGGUACAAACUAAUCGUUUCUAUCGGCGGGCUCGUGCGUCGCCUAAACGUGGGACUAAAAACUGUAUAAACCUAAGCGGAUGCUCUAUCUAAAAGCGUGUUUAGCGAUGUAAGUUCUACGGUAGUCGGUGUAUACAGACGACGUGGUGUAAUCUUAUCGCGAUGUCGUUCAACGUUUAACGACCACGAAUUAUUUUCGGGAAGAAGUAUCCCGCGAGCGCUUAUGAACGCGCAUACUUUGUAUAGGAAGAAAGCGAGCCAUUUCGUAAAUUAAAACAGUUACGUAAUCAGAUUUGCGAACACUUAAGGAAAUUAAAUUCCUACCUUUAUUUCUGGGCAAAUAUUGAUCGUUUUAAUCGGGUCAGCCGGGUUUCAACCUCAAUCAUUUCAUUACGGAUAACGCGAUCGAGACUCCUCUGUCUUAUUUCGUUUGUUCAAUUGGACAAAUCUCGAAGGGACUAUAAAAAAAAAAAUUUCAUCCGGAUUGGACAAAAAUUAAAACAGAUAUUGAAAUUUGUAUCAGAGUUUUCUUAAAUAUUCCAUUAAUAUUUCUAUUCUAUUAUUAUAUACUCUGUAACACAUUCCAUCAGCCUCUUUGGUUUUUUGACUCGCUGCAAUCGUAACAUUAUUUUCACAUAAAUGCGUUCGUAAGUGGUCGCGAAAAACAAAGAACUAUAAAUUUUCGAACGAAACUACAUCUACGUCUAGCAUGAAAUCGUUAGGUGGAUAAGCAUUGAUUCGUCGUGGGGGUAUGUUUGAUUAAUCGAAUUUCGAAAACGUAUCCGGCGCCCUUGUACGAUUUAUUUGCUAUUCGGUGCGUUUCAGAGGCAAUAUUUUUCAUCGCGUUUCACGAUGUUUUCGUUUCGUAACUUGCAAUUUCGAAGCUGCGCGUGGAAAGCGCAAAUGGGCGAGGAAACGUAGAGGACGAAUGACGAGUAGUUCUCGGCUUUUAAAAGUCGCGGCGAAAGGUCUAGGCAGGAGAAUUGACCCUGAAAUGAAAUCUCCUUUGAGGAAUUAAUCGAGAGGAAAUGCGUACGAGUAUAGACGUUUCCUUUUAUACGAUAUUUAUGUUCACCUUCUGGGCUCAGAAGAAUAUUUUUCUUGGCGCGAAAAUGAUGUGGAAACGUUGUGGAAAAAUUUAGUCUUGCAUCUCUUUACUUGGAAUCAAUUUGGAAAUGCUUGCGAGUCCAAACGUUUCCUUUUAUUCGAAGUUCAUGCGCACCUUGAAGGCUACGAAAAAUAUUUUUCUUGGCCAGUAAGUUACCUGGAAAUAUUCCGUACAAGAGACUAUUUAGGACUUGCAUCUGUUUACUUGACAUUAAUUUUAAAAGAGACUCUAUUUUGGAGUCGUUCGACUGCCUAGUUCUUUCGUGAGAAAAUAAACAGAACUAUGGUGACGAGUGUUGAGUGAGAGUGUCAGGUAUACAUAUAGUGUAUAGAGUAGCUCGUAAGGUAUAAACAUAACGAACGGCGUUAAAUAAGAACAAUAUAUACAACACGUGAGACGUAAAGCUGUGGUUAAUAGCAGACACUUGAUCGUGUUAAGUAAUAGUUAAGAGGUUAAUGUUACACAUAAACGAUGUAAUGCGAAGCUGAGCCACGCAGCUUCGAAUGGAACGUUGUAAGCUGGCAUACUUUGUUCACUUACCGAAAUAAAGAUCCUGUAAAUAUCGA